AUGACAUCCAAGAGACGGCAUUCGAGCCAUAGUGAGCACAAGUCAGCUGUAGAAAGCUCUAUUCCCGAACAUGCUGCGGAGGUAGCGGAGGAACUCAGCAAAAAGCAGCGUGUGCCUUCUAAAGAGCCUCUCACGCACCAUGAUGCAGGCGAAUUCCACGACUUGGUUCGCCAUAAAACUACCGCCGCGCAGGCUGAAGUUCUUGAGAGCGGGGCAAAAAACCCAUUCACUGGCCAAGUUUUCAGCCCUCGCUACUUUGACAUCCUGAAGGUUAGGAGAGAUCUACCGGUGCAUGCUCAGAGAGAAGAGUUCCUCAAAAUAUAUCAGAAAAACCAGGUAAUGGUCUUUGUUGGUGAAACUGGUUCCGGUAAGACAACGCAGAUUCCACAGUUUGUGCUAUUUGAUGAAAUGCCUCAUUUGUUGAACACACAGGUGGCGUGUACCCAGCCCCGUCGUGUGGCUGCAAUGUCCGUUGCACAAAGAGUUGCGGAGGAAAUGGAUGUGAAGCUAGGUGAAGAGGUUGGUUACUCCAUUCGUUUCGAAAACAAGACAUCCGACAAGACUAUUCUCAAAUACAUGACUGAUGGUAUGUUGCUAAGGGAAGCUAUGGAAGAUCAUGACAUGAAACGGUACUCCUGCAUCAUCCUGGAUGAAGCGCACGAAAGGACACUGGCCACUGACAUUUUGAUGGGUCUUCUUAAGCAAGUGGUGGUCCGUAGACCGGACCUGAAGAUUAUCAUCAUGUCUGCCACCCUGGAUGCAGAGAAGUUUCAAAAGUACUUCCUAGAUGCGCCACUGCUGGCCGUACCAGGUAGAACCUUCCCAGUUGAACUAUAUUAUACACCCGAGUUUCAAAGAGAUUAUUUGGAUUCAGCAAUUCGCACCGUCCUACAAAUCCACGCCACUGAGGAGCCCGGUGAUAUUUUGUUGUUUUUAACCGGUGAAGAUGAGAUUGAGGAUGCGGUAAGGAAGAUAUCCCUUGAAGGCGAUCAGCUGAUUCGAGAGCAGAACUGUGGUCCUUUGAGUGUCUAUCCCCUUUACGGUUCCUUGCCACCCCACCAACAGCAGCGCAUUUUCGAGCCGGCUCCUGAGCCCUUCAAUGGAAGACCAGGUAGAAAGGUAGUGGUCUCUACCAACAUUGCUGAAACUUCUUUAACUAUUGACGGUAUUGUUUACGUGGUUGAUCCUGGUUUCUCUAAGCAAAAGGUGUACAACCCAAGAAUUAGAGUUGAGUCUCUGUUAGUUUCUCCAAUUUCUAAAGCCUCUGCUCAACAGAGAGCAGGUCGUGCAGGUCGUACUAGACCUGGUAAGUGUUACAGACUGUACACCGAAGAAGCGUUUAAGAAGGAAUUAAUCGAGCAAAGCUAUCCGGAAAUUCUACGUUCUAACUUGUCCUCCACCGUUCUUGAGCUAAAGAAGCUUGGCGUCGAUGACUUGGUACAUUUCGACUUUAUGGACCCUCCCGCGCCUGAAACGAUGAUGAGAGCACUGGAGGAAUUGAACUACCUUGCUUGUCUUGAUGACGACGGUAACUUGACCCCACUGGGAAGAUUGGCCUCUCAGUUCCCGCUGGACCCAAUGCUUGCUGUCAUGCUGAUUGGGUCCCCCGAAUUCCACUGCGCACAGGAAAUAUUGAGUAUUGUGGCUAUGCUCUCGGUUCCCAGCGUAUUCAUCCGUCCCGUCAAGGACAAGAAGAGGGCUGAUGACGCAAAGGCUAUUUUCGCUCAUCCAGAUGGGGACCACAUAACGCUCUUAAACGUUUACCACGCGUUCAAGUCUGAUGAAGCGUACGAGUACGGCAUCAACAAGUGGUGCCGCGACAACUUUUUAAACUACAGAGCAUUAUCUGCAGCCGAUAACAUUCGCUCACAGUUGGAGAGGCUGAUGGUGCGUUACAACCUGGUACUGAAUUCUACAGAAUAUGAAGAUCCUCGCUAUUUUGACAACAUUCGCAAGGCCUUGGCAGCCGGUUUCUUCAUGCAGGUUGCAAAGAAGAGAUCAGGUGGUAAAGGCUACAUCACGGUUAAAGACGAUCAAGACGUGCUGAUCCACCCUAGCACCGUUCUGGGACACGACGCGGAAUGGGUUAUAUAUAACGAAUUUGUCCUGACUUCCAAGAACUACAUCCGUACAGUCACAUCAGUCAGGCCCGAAUGGUUGAUUGACUUAGCGCCUGCGUACUACGACUUAGACAAUUUCAGGAAGGGUGACGUCAAACUCUCACUUGAACGCGUGAAACAAAAAGUUGACCGCAUCAACGAGUUGAAUGAAGAAAAGUCAAAGAAGAAGAAGAAGAGCAAGAAGGAUAAGAGUUAG